AUGGACGAUCACCGUUUCACUGAUACUAUCUUACGAGCCACAAAUGUUCAGUCUGCUAUUCAACGGUUCGAGAAGCGAGCACCUGCUCCUCCACCUCCUUUUCGAGAACCAGAAGCUCUGAAAGACAUGCAUGCAGAGCCACCGCCACCAGUACUGAAUUCCUAUGCAGCUCCUCUAUUUGUUAAUACUAAUAUUGUCUAUCCAACAGAAGAGAAUUCGUAUUUUCCACAAAUCACACUUCCAAGAGAGCAUAUCACAUAUGUUUCUGCUAAUGAAAUUAAGACGAAUUCCACAGAAAACAUGACUCUGAAUAGGUUCGAAACUGGUUUCAAACCGUCAAACUUUGGCAAAACGAUUCAAGGAAUUUAUAACUCAACAGAACAUCCGCAACAGUCUCCAGAAGUAUUUAUGCCGUCGAGCUUAUCAGUUAAUCUGAAUGUCAUGUCACCAGAAAUAUCACCACCACCACCACAACCAGCUGAACGACGAAAAGUAGCUAAGCCAAUUGAAGAUAACGGUAAGCUGGAUCCAGAAGUCAUCUUCACGAAACAAGAGCGCAUCGGUCGCGGCUCUUUCGGUGAGGUGUACAAAGGCAUCGACAAUCGUUCAGGACGUGUUGUGGCAAUAAAGAUCAUCGAUCUCGAGCAAGCAGAAGAUGAAAUUGAGGAUAUUCAGCAGGAAAUUCAAGUGCUUAGCCAGUGUGAUUCUCAAUAUGUGACAAAAUAUUUCGGUAGUUUUCUAAAGUUGUCAAAAAUGUAUAAUUUUCAGGGUUCAAAAUUAUGGAUCAUAAUGGAGUAUUUGGGUGGAGGAUCUGCACUUGAUUUGACGAAAAGUGGAAAGCUCGAUGAAAGUCACAUUGCCGUGAUCCUUCGGGAAAUAUUGAAAGGGCUCGAAUAUCUGCACAGUGAAAGAAAAAUUCAUCGAGAUAUCAAAGGGGCUAACAUUCUGUUGGAUCGUCAAACGGCGGCUGUAAAAAUCUGUGAUUAUGGAGUAGCAAAGUCGCUCGCAACAGUUUUGAAAGCGAAUACUUUUGUGGGGACGCCAUUCUUUAUGGCUCCUGAAGUUAUACAAGGCGACUACGGUAUCGAGGUACUUGCCUGUCCUUCUCCGUUUUUUGUCAUUCCUAAAACCCUUUUCCCGUGUCUAUCCUAUCCCCUGGGGUCUUCAUCCAUAUGUUCUCUUACUCCUUUGUCCUCAAUUUCAGCUGCAAACGUACUUGUCAGUGAGCAUGGUGAUGUGAAAGUGGCUGAUUUCGGAGUUGCUGGACAGCUCACGGAAACGGUCAAGAAGCGGAUCACAUUUGUUGGAUCUCCAUUCUGGAUGGCUCCUGAAUUAAUUAAACAGUCCAGUUAUGAUUAUAAGGCUGACAUCUGGUCUCUGGGAAUCACGGCAAUCGAACUGGCUAACGGAGAACCACCGCAUUCAGAUCUUCAUCCAAUGAGAGUUUUGUUCUUGAUUCCUAAAAACCCGCCUCCAGUUUUAUCGGGAAGUCAAUGGUCGAAGCCAUUCAAGGAGUUUGUGGAGUUAUGCCUCAAUAAAGAUCCUGAAAAUAGACCGUCAGCCAGCACUCUUCUGAAACAUCAAUUCAUCAAAAGAGCAAAGAAAAACAGCAUUCUAGUGGAUUUGAUUGAAAGAGCUGCUGAGUAUAGGUCGAGGACAGGCGUUUCAAGUGACAGUGAUUUAGAUGAGGAUUCGGAUGGUGGAGGCGGCACAAGUAAAUGGGAUUAUCCAACAGUUCGGGGACCACGUGGACCUGCCGAGGACGACGGAACUGUUCGUCAGAGAACUGAUCGGCCGAAGGCGCAAGUCGGGAGGCGAUCUCCGAGUGGCUCUCCUGGUGGCACUAUAGUCCGAGGAAGUCCACAAGUCGCUGCUGUCGCUGAACAACUUCGAAACCCUUCUGUCAGUUCCUCUGGCUACGGAUCCGGAGGUGCUGUUUCAUCUUCUCACUUCAGUUCCUCUAUGGCUCCGCAAACUCACACUGCCUCUUCCGGAGGUGCUACCACCAUAACGUUAGGAAGUCCAAAUGGAAGUCCCACGUCGUCUCUUGCACGAACACAAUCCAUGGUUUCACCAAAUGGACAAAGAGUAGGCUCUGCGAAUUCUUGGGAACUGGAGCGAGGUAGCCGACCGAUGAGCGAAAGACUACCAUCAUCACAAGCAUCUCCAUCGAAGUACAGUCAGAACAGACUGUCCGGAAAUAAUGGUGUUCAAGGCGGAAGUGGUGGCCGUCGAGAGUAUACAAACGGAUCAGCGGGAUUGAAUGGACACAGCUCAAAUCAGAAUCCCAACGAAUACUCCGAUAUGGUCCGCCAACGAGGACAUGGUGGAUCUGGUGGACGACAAGAUUAUCGCGAAAGCCAUGUUCCAACGUCUUCACAAGAAAACCUUCACCACGGCAGAAUGUAUGGAUACGGAGCUCCGCCACCGUCUAGAGAAGCCCAAAAUGUUUCGGCACCCCGAGUUAGAGGAGCUUUGGAUUGCAGUCUUCUGCCAGCUAUUGAGCAUUUGUCACGAACUCGUCAUGCAACUGCUGCUCUCGAUCAAUUAAGACAUGUCUUCAGAGAGGUCGAAGAUUCAUGUCCUGGAAUAUGUAACGAGUUGGUUGAGGAGUUGAUGACACGAAUUGCGAUUCCACAAGUCAGCCAAGGUGACCUCGACGCUGGCGUUCGCCGCCUGACAACGCCUCCAUCUUAA